AUGUAUGUACCUUAUCAGUGUUGUCAAAAAUCUUUUGAAGAUUAUUAUGUACAACAAACAGGACAUGGAUUGAAUUAUUAUCAAGGUAAUCUUUAUCAGAGAGGAUACGGAUUAGGGGGUCUAUUCAGAUCCUUCUUUCGCGCUGCCGUACCUCUUAUUAAAUCAGGAGCCAAAGCAAUUGGAAAACAAGUAUGGCAUAGUGGACUGAAUUUGUUAAAUGAUGUAUCACAAGGACAAGAUGUAAAAGAGGCUGCUAAGCGUCGACUGAAAGAAGCCGGAAAUAUAUUAACAGAUAAAGCUGCUACUAAAGUGAAGAACAUGAUUGGUUCUGGACGAGUUAAUAAAAAGCAGAAACACUCUCCCGUUUGCGUCAAAUCUGAAUUAGAUUUAUUUACCAUUCCUCCUACGCAAACAGCUAUAGAAAAAGGACAGUUUGUGGAAUAUCACCCUCUCGCAAAUAUACGAGAUGGAGGACCUAUCGAAUUUAAUAUUUCUGGCAGUGGUGAAGACUAUAUUGAUCUAGCUGCUUCUUAUAUACACGUGAAAGUUAAAGUAGUUAAGGCAGACGGAUCCAAUCUAACAGACAAAGAACCGGUUGCCCCUGUAAAUUUAUUUUUACAUUCUCUCUUUUCGCAAGUAGAUGUAAGUUUAAAUGAAAGAAACAUUUCAUCUGCGACAAAUACCUAUCCUUAUAGAGCCUUCAUCGAAACAUUAUUGAAUUAUGGGGAAGAUGCAAAGAAAAGUUUACUCACCUGCGAAGGAUUUUUCCAAGACACUUCACCUAAUAAAAUAGAUGUCUUAGCUCAAGAUGCGGAUGCUGGACUAAAAGCUCGCGGUGAACUUAUAAAAAACAGUCAAAGUGUGGAUUUGAUAGGACAAUUACAUUUUUCUACUGAGAAAGAUGCCGAUUAUAAAGUGAUCUUGGAUCAUGCUUCUUUGUUUAUCAGAAAAGUAAAAGUAAACCCUGGAGUCUCUCUCGGACAUGUAAAAGCGUUGGAAAAAAGUUCUGCUAAAUACCCUAUAGAUCGAGUAUUAUGCAAAACAUAUUCAGUAUCUAAGGGAAGUUGGUCUUUUAUGCAAGAUAAUGUAUUUUUAGGAUUGAUGCCCAAGCGAGUCAUUAUUACUUGUGUAGAAAAUGCUGCAAUGAAUGGACAAUAUUCAAUGAAUCCUUUUCUGUUUGCCCAUCAUCAUGUCAACUUUAUAUCGAUUUAUGUAGAUGGACAACCCGUUCCAUGUAAACCAAUGGACCUUGAUUUCGAAUCUAAUCAUUAUGUGCGUGCUUACCACAGUUUAUUUUCUGGAUUUAAUCGCGACAAAGGCAUCUAUUUAUCUCGAGAAGAAUUUGUGAAAGGACAUGUGUUAUAUGCUUUCGAUUUAACUCCAGAUAUGUGUGAUGGAUCUCAUUUUAACUUACAGCAUCAAGGCAAUUUGCGAGUAGAAAUUAAAUUUGCUAAAGCUCUCUCUGUGACUCUCUCGGUGCUAGUCUAUGCAGAAUUUCAAAACGUGAUUGAAAUAACAAAAUCUCGUCAUGUACUAUGCGAUUUUGCUAAUUAA